CCUCCCCCUUUCUCUCCCCCGCCCCCCCCUCCCGCCCGCGAACAUGGCGACCCCACCUCCCGCUUAGGCUGACUGGGGUCUCGGUGUGGCGAGUUGCGUCGGACGAAGGACGGCAAAAGAACGACGACAAAGACGUCCACCGACGAUGAGCUAAGGGGUGGAGAUUUAAGGGAACGCUCGAGGAGCGAACGCGAGUCGACGUUGGGCUCGUGUUAGAGGCCGCGAGGCACCCAGAGUUUGUCGUCUGCAGGUCAUCACUAACCAGUCUUGAGAAGCCACAAGAAAAGGAAAAGCAAUCCCUGGUGACUAAGCUGUGGGAAACUACUGUGCAACAUGUUCACCAAAAAGAAAAAGCAGCGGCCUCAAAUCUCCGCGCCAUGCAACUUCGAGCACCGGGUGCACACCGGCUUCGACCUCGCGGAGGGCCGCUUCACCGGCCUGCCUCCACAAUGGCAGAGCCUCUUGGCCGACACGGCAAACCGGCCCAAACCAGUGGUGGACGCCUCUUACAUCACGCCGGUGGACCUGGCUCCCAUGAAGAUAAUUGUGCGCGGCAGCAAAAAGUUACCCAUCAACGACAGCAUCGUAACUGAAAUGAGCAGCCUAUCCGUGUCGCGCUCCAAUUCUCUGCGCGUUCGUGAAGACCGGCAAGAUGUCCCGUACCGAGGCUCGGACAGGAUACGUACUGGACCCAGGCCUAUUACCACCAUCAUGCAAGAUGAGGAAUAUCGCGAACAUAGACGUGACAGGGAUUGUGAACGGGAGACCGACGGAACUCACACUGAUGGCCGGUUUGGUCGAAGUGACAGGAUUUCCCAGCCGAAGGUGGUUAAUGGACGGCAAGGAUCGCUGGAACAGGGAUACAACCGCAAAGGACAAGGCAGACCACCGCCUGGCUACCCGGUAGCCAUCACAAAAGAGAGGCCCCCACAGAUACCAGAAUCACAAUUGUGGCACAUGACUGAGCCUUCUGCCGGAGUGAUGCACCGCAACAAAGAGAGGGAACGAUUCCAUGACGGAGACGGGGACCGAGCGGUGGUUAGCGUCAGGGAUGAUUCUGGUCGACCCAAAUCGUCGUACGAGGUCCACCCGGUGGCGACCGGGCCUAAGGAACGACCUAGGUCGGGGCCGGAUACUGCGGAGCGACCGAGUCGCACCUCAACCCGGUCAACAGGGCUUCCCCGGCCACCCCUCCCUACAGGCCGACAGCUUCAGUCAGGCUCUCUUCACUCACAGCAUCCAGCAAUGAAGUAUGAGAAAAGUGAUGCUCAACAUUCUGAAGACAGAGAAGUGGAAAAUGUGGAUGCAUACAACCGGGUUCCAACACCUCCCACAGUUGGGGAAAAAUCUGCUCAAGUAAAAAGUGGCCCACCUGCCACUUUUCCAAAGCCAAACAAGCCAUUUCCAGCAAAGCCACCAUCACCACCACCACUACCCCCCACCUCUUAUGUGUCUACAUCCCUUCCUCGACCUCCAGCGCAUCAUCAAAUGGAGGGAGUGUCUCAGAGAAAAGACCGACAAUCUCAGAGUGCAUCGGACUCGAGUGGAAGCGGGCCUCCCCGUGCUCACUCACAGCAGUCCAUCACGGAAAGCCAAAGUCAGCGAGUGUUUGAUUCAUCAGCAAAGCGGGGGUCUGGGAAAAAUGAGCAACAUCCAGCAGCUGUGGACCAUUCUGAGCCGUCAUUGGAUACGGGGGACAUCGGAUCCAGCAAUUCUGCUCAGCAGCAGUCUCGGCACCAUCCAGAUGACAAUCAUAAUCAGCAGCCGUCAUCCCUGAAUCACUCGCAUGUAAUCCAGAGUAAUGGGCCAAGUGCCCCAACAAAAAAAAUGGGUGCUCCUUUAUCAAAGCCUGGAGGAGGUGGUCAAAACAACCACAGCACACAUUCAGGGCCACAGUCUCAGCAGCACCAGCCUCCUCGAAUCUCCCACGAGCAGUUUCGAGCAGCGCUACAGCAGGUGGUCGACCCAGGAGACCCCUCGCAGUUCCUGGGAAGUUUCAUCAAGAUUGGGGAGGGCUCGACGGGGGUUGUUUGUCUAGCUGAGGACAAACGCACUGGCAAGCAAGUCGCUGUCAAGCGCAUGCAUCUUCGCAAGCAGCAGCGGCGUGAGCUACUCUUCAAUGAGGUGGUGAUCAUGCGGGAGUAUCACCAUGAGAAUGUGGUGAACAUGUACAACAGCUAUCUGGUGGAUGAUGAGCUGUGGGUCGUCAUGGAGUUUUUAGAAGGAGGAGCUCUGACUGACAUCGUUACCCACACCAGGAUGAACGAGGAGCAGAUCUCAGCAGUGUGUGUAUCGGUGCUGAGGGCACUGGCCUACCUGCAUGGGCAGGGUGUUAUCCACCGAGACAUCAAAAGUGACUCCAUCCUGCUCACGGCUGACGGCAGGAUCAAGCUCUCAGACUUUGGCUUCUGUGCCCAAGUGUCCAAGGAGGUGACACGGAGGAAGUCGUUGGUGGGAACGCCGUACUGGAUGGCCCCCGAAGUCAUAUCCAGGCUUCCCUAUGGCCCUGAGGUGGACAUCUGGUCUUUAGGUGUGAUGGUCAUGGAGAUGGUGGACGGGGAGCCACCCUACUUCAAUGAGCCACCACUACAAGCCAUGCGUCGCAUUCGUGACAACAUCCCACCGAAGAUCAAGAACUCCCAAGGGACUACGGUGCAGCUGAGGAGUUUCCUAGACCGCAUGCUCGUGCGGGAUCCCACGCAGCGUGCUUCUGCAGUGGAGCUCCUUGGGCACCCGUUCCUCCAGAACGCAGGGCCACCGUCCUGUGUGAUUCCACUUAUGCGACAGCAUAGAGGACGCUGACAAAAGCGAUACUUUAAAAGAUUGCUAAUUACCUUUGCACAAUAAUUCCUGCUUUGCUUAUGCACCUUUUCAUCUCCCAUGUGGAUUGUGUCGGGGAUUUUUGUUGUUUUCAAAUGUUUUUAAGCGUGAAUGAAUCCUAUCAUGGGGAAGAUUGGUACGACACCUUUACAUAGCUACAUCAACAGUCCACCAAUGUUGGUUACAUGAGUGGGCUAAACUAUCACUCUUUUUUUUUAUAGCAUGCCUCUGUACAAAAUUUAUUGUAGAAGUUUGUCUUCCUUAUUAUUAGAGUAUGGUGUGUACAUUUCAUCGGUGACAUAUCAAAGUGUACGAACUACUGAAAAACCUGUGUAAUGUGCAUCCUUGUCAACUGAUUUUUUUUCCUGCCUAAAAUCUGAAUGUUAUUAGUCGUAUUCACUGAAAUUGAAAAAAUACUUGCUGGUUUAAGUAAAAAUUAAAGGCCUUUCAAGUAAUGGAUCCUUUAUUUACUUUUAUAUUUUGUAAAUAUAUUAAAAUUAAGCACUUACAUUUGAUUAUAAAUAUGGGAGAUUAAGGAUCUGGGAAUAUUUUUUUGUCCAACGUGCCAGAAAUGGUUGCGUUAACUGGUAAGUGAUUGUGAACAUUUUUCACACCAACUUUAUAAUAUGCAGCUAACAGUUGAUGAGUGGACAAUUUCUCCCCUCCCAAAUAACCUAUUUUGCAGCAUUGUUCACGAUUUUAUAAUCUGAAUUUUCAGAUGGUAGUGCAACAGGUACUAUAUUUUACAAUUCUCUUUGCAGGUUAACUUUUAUUAUUUUCCCACAAAAAUCUUGAAUAGGUACGGUAAAUCACUUGCAGCCCAACGUGAUAUUUAUUUCCCUGAUUUUUUUUAUCAAAACAAUUAUGGUUUUGGGGACCAACUUCUGUUAUGGACACUUUUUUUUCACAUCACACUGGGUUUAUAAAUGUCACUUGCUGCAGGUUUAAAAGGUGAAAUAUUGAAACGUGUUAUUUUAACUUCAAGCAAAAUGCAAGACAACGUAUUUGUCAACCAAACGAUUGAAUCUGGCAGCCUUGUCAGGUUCACGUUUCUGAUUCUUGAAAAGCAAAUGUUUAUGUACAGACAUUUUGGUGUAACAACUGUACAUUGUACUGUAAUGUUAGUCUUUUGUCAUUAUUUUACUGCACUACCCGAUUGUACAGUUUCUUAUUGGGGAGUACUGUUAACUUUUUCAUUUUGAGACUGGAACGCUUCACAAAUUUUUUUAAUUAUUGGAAAAGGUAACGUGAUACCUGCUUUUGCCUUGUGUUUUUUUGACAAUUCCUUUAUAUGAAGACACCUGCAGUCUUUGUUGCCACUUGCUUUUUUGCUGUAUUAGGUUUCAUAGAUCAAGUUGUCCUUGCUAUUUACCUAGGAGCAGUUGAACAAAACGCCCAUCAGUGAGAGUUUCACCAUUUUGGCUCGUGGAUUUAAACAUUCUGGGAUUACCAUUACUGAGGAUAUCUGCUAGGUGUUAAUAGUUUCACAGUUAAUAUGACUGCAACAUUCAUUCAAAAAUAAAACAUCGGUUGAUUUACAA